GUAAGUGUAUCUUUAAGUACUGAUGACGAGGUCGCUGUGCGACUGAUACAGGAUAACCUAGAUGGGCCCUGGUGGCCCUUUGUUAUCCUAUUAUUUAUGUUAUGUUAUGUUAGCUAGCCUUUCUUCCUGAAGUGAUCAAUCUUUGGAUAGGACUGAGAGAAAUUUUGCAGCACACACCAAACCAUUCUUCUGGCUAACUUUCGUGACCCUGUUCGAAGACUGGUAUCUCUGUGGGCCUUUUUGUUUGAUAGUUUUGUUAUCCUUGGCCAGUUUAUAGUUUCAGCCAACCAAUCUGUGUCGCCAUUCAAAAAUGUUGCACCUAGUAUAUAUGGGGUUCAAAUUACUCGUAAUCAGGAGCUCUAUCUCUUGAGGUGGGUAAAGAACACGUAGCUGAUUGUGGUGAAACUUUGCAGUAAUACCCAAUAUAUACCGACCUCACAUUCCCAACAAUCUUGUGGGGACCCAAAUCUGGGUUUUUGGGUAGGGGAGCAUUAAAUUUAGUAACAGGCUUUGAAGAAAUGGUAAAAAAUCAACAAAAUGUUAUAACAAAAACUCUGAAAAUACAUUAAUUACAGUUCUGAGAGUGGUGGCAGCAGCUGCCAUGAGUGUUGUGUUAUUGGUGAGCAGUGUUGCCAAUAAUCAAGGAUUACUAAUCAAACCCAACAUUGUAACCUAGCCAUGGGGAGGAAGGGGGAGGGGCACAGAUUCUGAAAGAGUUACUAACCAGACCUAACAUUAUAACCUUGAUUUAAUGCUUCCACACCCAAAACUCCAGAUUUUCCACAGGUACCCCAAGAUGUUGGGGAUGACAGUUUCUCAAGGCCGUCGUGAUUCCAGUUGGAAGUCGAGACAACGCCAAGUGCUGGACUCAGAGAAGAUCAUGGAUCCACUGGUAGACUUCCAGGAAUUUGAUCUGUUCGAGGAAUUAGAAGCUGUAAGGGUGAGGCUGCCAAGAAGAAUAGUGAAAGACCAUUUGGAUUUGUUCCUAACCCUGACUGAAGAGGAAUUCACCUCCAGGUUCAGGCUAUCCAAACAGACUGCGAGAUCCCUGCUCACUCAGCUACAUUUACCAGAGGCCAAUGAUUCAAGAGGGUGUCCUGUGCCACCUCACCUCCAACUCCUCAUCACCUUAGAUGGAUGGCAACGGAUGAUUUGCAGCUUACAAUCGUUGAUGCUUUUGAAGUCUCGCAGCAGUUUGUAAACGCAUGCUCUUCACGUACUUUACAUACCAUUGCUACUUUAUGUGAGCAGUAUGUACAAUUUCCUGAUUGGCAUCACCUGAGGUCUGUUAAAGAGAACUUUAAUGCCAUAGCAGGUUUCCCUUCUGUAAUUGGUGCUAUAGACUGCACCCACAUUCCAAUUAUGAGUCCAGGUGGUCCUCAGGCAGAGCAGUUUAGGUGCAGAAAGGGAUUCUUUUCAUUAAAUGUACAAGCUGUGUGUGGUCCGGACUUGAAGUUGUAUAACAUAGUUUGUCGCUAGCCUGGAUCAGUGCAUGACAGCAGAAUAUUUAUGAAUAGUGCCCUGUAUGCUCAACUACAAGGAGGUGGUUAUGAUGGCCACCUGUUAGGGGACUCUGCAUACCCACUUUGCCCCUUUCUAAUGACUCCAAUUCUGAUUCCCAGACAGCAAAAUGAGUUUAGAUACAAUUUAGCUCAUGCAAAAACCCGUAAUCCCAUAGAAAGAGCAUUUGGAGUUUUGAAACGCAGAUUCCGUUGUUUGUCCAUUCCUAUGCGGACAAAUAUGGAUAAAACCAUAGCCACAGUUUGUAGUGCAGCAGUUUUGCACAAUCUUGGAAUUAAUUUCAAGGAUGGAUAUGAAAAUUUGGAGGACAAUGAUGAUGGUGAUGAUGGUUGUAUAGAGAAUUAAUAUGAAGAUGUAAUUCAUGAUGUGCAAAAGAGGCAGGCUGGACAAAGAAAGAGGGAUAACAUAAUCAGUAGUGUCUUUUGAGAUCUAUAAAUUUAAAUUUGAGAUCUAUAAUUUUAAAGUUGAAAAAGUAAAUUUUCAAGAAAUGGCCCAUAAAGAUUUCUCCCACUGCUGUGAAGAUGUGUCUCACUGGUGAAGAUAUUUUCAUGUUAUAUAUAUUUUUUUAGGAUGUGAAUGCACAUCUACUAUAGUUUUGCAAUAUUAGUAGUGUAAUAAAGUGAAUAUAAAACAACA